AUGCUCUUCUGUGGUCUCAGUCUCCCUAGGAGCAAAAGGAGUAGAAGACCGACCAGAUCAACCCCAGAACAAUCCACCAAUGCCACCAAUGCCACCGCCGCCUCCUCUGCAAAUGAGCCCGUGGAGGCAAUUUCUACCAUAAACGCCAUGUAUUACCGCCCGAGGGCGAUUGAGCGUUACACGGAAGACAUCCUGACCCGUCUAGUGUACGAGAAAGGGAGAUUUCUGCCUAUAGCUGCACAACACCGGUAUGGGACACAAUAUCAAUCGGGAACUUCAGAUGUUUUUCAAGGUGAUGCAGAGCGAGAGUUCUUAAACGCGACUUCGCAGGCGUAUUCGAGUCACUCAGACAUCAUGAAAAAGGUCGAAACUCUCGCUUCAGAGAUGGCCGACAAAGUUCAGAAGAUCGCGGGUGCUAAAGGACUAAAAGAAAGGGAUUGGCCGCGAUUCAAGUGGGCGAUCGAAGUGCAAAGACAUUUGGAUGACACAUCAACCAAUGUAACCGUCUCACUUUCGGACAUUGAAUUUAACCCAUUUGGACCGAACUUCCAAUUGCCCACCAAGUCUCAGUCUUUAGGACCAGUCAAUAUCCCAGACCCAGAAUAUCAAGAUAGCGGCUGGUUGAGCAGCUUCGCUGAGACCGGGUACGAUAACAGAGGUAUAUCUCUCUCGGAAUAA